GUUUCUGGGUCUAGAAUAGGUUUGUGGUGUUCAGUUUCAUUCUAAACCCAGCUUUGACUUGUCAAGUAAGGUGCCUUCUGGGUGAAAUGGCUCUCAGUAAAAGAGCAGAUGGAGCUUUUGUUGUACAGGAAGAAUGCUGUUCCUAACAGUGCACUGUGUGGACAGGGUGUCUUCAUGUGUCUUCCAUGCAGCAGCAGGUCAUUACAUACCCUGGUGGGGCAAAUAGUGACUGUUGCUGCUGGAAAAGAACAAAGAUGUUCCUGUGGUGAUAUGGGCAACAGUAGGGGUUGGGUGUGGCCUAAUUUCAAACACUAGUCACUCUUUAGUUUCUGCUGACAUUAGUAAAUACUAUGCCUUAGUUUAUAAAACAAAACUUGAAGAAACAGAAGCACAGCCAAUCCUGGGAUUCACUCUUUAACACAAACUAGGGCUUCACUUAGCCCCAGAGGUGGAUUGGUGCUAAUGCCUCACAACAGGAACUGUUUUGGACCAAAGGCAGUUGCAAAUGCUGGAGAACUGUGGUCAUCCUCACAUGGCAGACACAGGCCAGAAAUGGAAUCAUCCUGUUCCACUUAAAUGCACAUCUUACGGCCCACGAUCUGGGUGGGUGUCAUGUGUUUUAGUACCUCUCAACAGGUCAAAGCGAAGUACAGAUGUGCAUUCCUUCUGUACGGACACAGCAUGCAGCUAGGUGCAUGACUGUCAUAUCCUUGCCUGUGGAGUGCUGAUUUCUGAGGAGCAAGCCCAGGUAUGGUGUCAUAGGCCAGCAUCAUCAGCAGAACCACUGCCAUCAGGUGCAUGUCUGUGGCUUGUGCUGAUCCAGGAAGGAGCAGUGGUAGAACAACACCACCCAGAGCGUGUCCAGCACUGUGACACAGUGGUGUCACAGCUGCCCAGGAAGCGGCUGCAGGAAUGGCAUCCUUACCGCCCAGCUACAAAUCCACCACUACAGCUAACCUCAAGGCAAUGAAGGAAACUAAAGCAUUAGUUGUAGACACUGGCACGGGAUACUUCAAGUGUGGCUUCGCAGGGGACCCGUGGCCUUUGUCUGUUGUUUCACCUACAUUUGGUAAGCCCACGUGGGAGGCUGGGAGCAAUCAAAGAGAAGCCUUUGUUGGAAAAGAGCUUCAGAAUAGCAGCAUAUCCUCAGCACCCACCAACCCAGUAAGACAUGGCACAGUGGUGGACUGGAACUCUGUCCAAGAUAUUUUGAAGUGUAUUUUCAAGGUGGAGAUGAAGAUUCAGCCAGAGCACCAUGCUAUUUUGAUGUCAGUGCCUCCCCUGUGUUCCACCACUGACAAGGGGAAAUAUGCUGAGAUGCUGUUUGAAGGGUUCCACAUGCCUGCCAUACACCUUGCAUACCAGUCCCAUUUAUCCAUGUACUCUUAUGGGAAAACCUCAGCUCUCGUGGUGGAAAGUGUGCAUGGCGUUUUGCAUGUGGUUCCUAUCUAUGAAGGUUAUAUUCUACGUAGCAUCACUGGGAAAGUAGAUUAUGCUGGCUCAGACAUCACUUACCUCAUGAAGUUACUAAAUGAGUCUGGAAAUGCAUUCACAGAACAUCAGCUAAACACCAUACAAGAUCUCAAAGAGAAGUGCUGUUACACCUCUCUGGAUCUUAAGCAGGACUUGAGUUUGCCUGUUGAGAAACAAGAAGUGGAUUACAAGCUGCCGGAUGGGCACUUCAUCACUGUAGGCAAGGAGAGGUUCCUUUGUGCUGAAGCACUCUUCAAAACAGAAUUAUUUGGCUCACAGCAGCAAGGCCUUGUGCAGCUGACACCUGCCUGUCUCAGUAAGUGCGGUGCUGAUAUCAUCAGCAAAGUGCUGGGGAACGUCCUGCUCUGUGGGGGUAGCACUAUGAUGGAGGGCUUUGCUGAACGCUUCCAGAAGGAACUUGCCACGAUGUUCCCCCAUGACAGCCCCAUCAUAGCCACAUCCCCUCAAAGGAAGUCUGCUGUCUGGAUUGGUGGGUCUAUUCUGGCCUCACUGAACUCCUUCCAGGACCUCUGGGUGCACAGGUAUGAAUAUGAAGAACAUGGUUCUACCUGUAUUUUCAAGAAGUGCUUCUGAGGAAGAGACUGGAUGCCUUAGAAAGACCAGUGCUGACAAAGGGUACUGAAUAAAUUCAAAAGCACCUCCCUUCCACCCCUUGCUGUAAUUAAGAAAUUUCUACCAGAGCUGUAUUAGUUUUGUGAUA